UCACCGCAGGUUUCGUCGUCUCCAAUAAAUAAAAAGGAAAAAAAAGCUAAAAAUCCUAGGACCAAACCAUCUCAUCCACCGACUUCGGAAAUGGUAAACAAUGUGAUCAAAGGUUUAAAGGAACGCGGAGGCUCAUCUUUACAAGCAAUUAAAAAGUAUAUUGCUGCCAAUUAUAAAGUUGAUGCAGAAAAAGUAGCGCCAUUCAUCAAAAAAUAUUUGAAAGCAUCUGUAGUAUCGGGAUCUUUGGUACAAACUAAAGGUAAAGGAGCUUCCGGAUCAUUCAAAUUAGCUUCGGCAACUUCAUCUGGUGGUACUUCGGCUAAAACGAAUGCUAUUGACAAAAAGAAAAAGAAAACAGCCGCUUCUACUCCAGGCGUAACUAAAUCCAAAAAAAUUGUAACAGCAGCAAAACGAAAUGCUAUUAUUGCAGGAGGAGGAGGAGGAGGAGGAGUGGAUAAAUCGAAAAGUAUUAAGAAAUCUAAUGAAGGCAAAAAAACGACAGGCGUUAAAGUUGCCAAAAAAUCUUCGGCUAAAGGAGGAGUCAUCGCCGCCGCCGCCGCUUCCAAUACAGCCAGUGCCGCAUCAUCCGAAUUAAAAAGAAAGAAUCCUACUAAAGCAAAAAAAUCCAAUAAAGGCAGUCCCACGAAAAAGCCGAAAGCAUCAAAACCGAAAACUUCGAAAGCAGCUGCUAGCAGCUCCUCUCCUAAAGCAAGAAAAGCCGCCGCCGCCGCCGCCGCUCCUAAAAAGAAGAAAUAA